AUGAUUUUUUUCAAUGGUUUUUUGAUUUUCUUACUUUUAAAUAAGGUAAAAAUAGCAGUAAAUGCGCUGAAUCCCAUCAUUAUACGAGGAAAUGCAUUUUUUGAUAGUAUUACAAAUGAACGUUUCUAUAUAAAAGGAGUGGAUUAUCAGCCAGGUGGAAGUUCGGGCAUUAUCGAUCCUCUUUCAAAUAAAGAAGCAUGUGAAAGAGAUUUCCCUUUGAUGAAAGAAUUGGGAAUUAAUUCAAUUCGUGUUUAUCAGGUAGACAAUGCUGAUAAUCAUGAUUAUUGUAUGGAUAUUUUGGAUAAAAAUGGAAUUUAUCUAUUUCUUGAUGUUAAUACAGCACUUAUAUCACUCUGGAGCCUUAAUACUAAAUCUUCAUAUACACAAGAAUAUCUUCAAAACAUUUUCGCAACAGUUGAUGCUUUUAAAAAAUAUUCUAAUGUUGCAGGGUUUUUCGCAGGGAAUGAAGUAGUUGCAUCAGUAGAACAAACCAAUGCCUUACCUUGGGUUAAAGCAGUAGUUCGAGAUUUAAAGAAAUAUAUUUCUUUGCAGUCAUCAAGAAAAAUACCUGUAGGUUAUUCUGCAACAGAUCUUAAUAAUCGUGUUCCUACAGCAUUCUAUUUAAACUGUGGAGAAGAGGCAGAGCGUGUGGAUUUUUAUGCCAUUAAUUUAUAUUCAUGGUGUUCUCCUUCCUCAUUUACAACCAGUGGAUAUUCUCAGAGGGUCGUUGAUUUCUUUGAUUUUACAAUUCCUAUAUUUUUUAGUGAAUAUGGUUGUAAUAGAGCAGUCCCAAGGCCAUUUGAUGAAGUUGAGCACAUUUAUUCAUCCAAAAUGAUACAUGUUUUUUCUGGAGGACUUGUUUAUGAAUGGACAGAAGAGAAGAAUAACCCGAAUUAUGGACUUGUUAUUGUUAAUGGAAAAGAAGUUACAAAAAAACAAGAUUAUUUAAAUCUAAAAGAACAAUAUUCAAAAUUAAGUUUUCCUAGUAAUGGAGGUGGAUAUAAAAUUAGAGGAGGGGGUAACGAAUGUCCAAAAGAUGCAUUUUCUUUUAAUGUUCAUGCUGCUCUUCCAAAUGUACCCCGAGGUGCUGAAAGAUACUUUAAGAAUGGAGCUGGGAGACCUCUAGGACUUCGUCCUUUAGGAUCAAAAAAUAGAUAUAUUAGACCAAUAGAUUACAAUAAUAAUCCCGAAGAUACAAGCGACACUACAUCUGAUGAUUCCAAUGAUAAUACCACCCCUUCUAAGGAUAAGGGUGCUUCCACGAGGAUCUAUUUUAAUUUAAGGUUUUAUAUUUAUUUCAUCUUGUUUAUUCCAUUAUUUCGAAUAUACGUAUUUUAAUAUUUUUCUAUACGAUUAUAGUAAUAGCUUCUAAAUUCAACCUAGAGAUUAACCAUAUUGCUAAUUUUAGUGUUUAUAUAUAGAAAGCAAAUGCAUUGUUUCGAAACA